CCUCUUGGGUCCUCUUGUUCUAUAAAAUAAACUAUAGAUUAUAAACUUCAAAAGUAAGUAAGCUUUAAGAGGAUUUGUUCGUGCGUGCCUAAGUCUAAGAACUUCUACCAAAACCGUGAUUAGCGUGAACUGCCGUGAACUCGCCUGACCAAGGUCAGACUAACCAGUGGCCAGGUGACCCAAACGACCAAUGGGACAGACUUAAACAAAGUACAAAGCCGAACAACAGAGGAGAGCGUGUACUGGUCGGUAGUGUUAACUCAUAACUGUAACAGUAACAGUGUUAGGCUCUUUAAACACUAAGACAAUAACUCGGCAUUAUCUAAGUUCUUAAUUUGUAAUUAAGAAGAUUAAAAAUGUCCCAAGCUCGUCAGAAUUAUGCCGAAGAAUGUGAAGCUGCGAUAAACAGACAAAUCAACCUGGAACUUUACGCCAGCUAUGUUUAUUCGUCAAUGGUAAGUCACCGUCCGAAGUAAAGUCUACUGACUAAAGUUAACUGAACUGUGUUACUGUACAGCAGUGUUUUCAACCUUUUUUAUAUUUUUAUUGGAAUGUAACGCUUGAGACUAUGCCUAUUUGGGAGCGCUUAGAUUGCUUGCGGAACCCCAUGCACUGCUCUGCUUAAAUUUUAGAUGGCUGUAGCUAAUCACUAAUCGGACCCGGGUAUCAAAAGUGAGAGGUUGGGUUUAUUGAAAUAUUAAACAUUUUAAAAUAUUAUUGUAGGGUUUUAAAGACAAAAUUUGGUAUCAAAUGACAGAUAAUUGGACUAUAUGAGGUAAUCUACCACUUGAGCGUCGGCCAAGAAAAAUCAAGCUGUUCCGGUUGGAAGGGCUAUUUAAACAACUAUGCUGGGAGGUGCAGAGAUUUGUGACCUUGUAUUUAAGGGGGGUCCUAACUUUUUGUUAAGGUGAGGUAAAAAAUAGGCAAAAUUUGCGCUAUGUCAUUUAUGGAUGGUCCCUUAGACUUAGACUAAAUGCUAUAUGAUAUAAUAAAGGUCCUAACUUUAAAGUGUAAGUUAAGAGCAUUUGCCCUGAUUAGAUUUCUCUUCAAAUAGUUCUACAACAAGUGAAGCAUGUUUAGCUUGUGUGAUAUUACUAGCUUUCUUGAUUAGUCUAUUUAAUUGUUGUUCGAUAUCAGACGAUGAAUUUCCACAACAGAUAAUACUGAAGUUCAGUAGGCUUUCAAUUGUACUGUAGUUGCAGAAUAAGUUACUAACUUGUUUGUGUGCGCCGAAAUUGUUCAAUUUUUUAAGAUAAAAAAGUCUGGUUGACUUUUUAUUCAGAAUUCAACAGUGUUAGCUUAUCAAUCGUGAAACCUAGGUACUUGUUAUGACUAAUAUGUCUCUGCUUGCUAUGUUCUGUGAUUUUUAUUGUGAUAUCUGCAAUUGAAUUUUUGUUUCUCCAUGUGGAAUUUGCCAACAUUGAGACAUUCAACAGAAUAAAAUUUUCAUUGCACCAAAUGGUUGGAUGUUAUAUGGUGGUGUCAAUGAAAAGCGUGUGUAAUAGUAUUGUCUGGUAUUUUCCAUCUGGUUUGAUGAUAUUGUCUGGGAUUCAAACACAUUUUAAAAAUAAAUUUUAAUUUGUUCUGUCUGAUACUUAGCCUUGUCAAAAAUGUAAUACUCUAAUAACAAAAAAAAAAAAAAAAAAACUUGUUUAAGACUUGGUCGCAUCAAAUUCCAAAAUUUAAUAUAGGCCUGAGAAUACAUACUUAAACAAAUCAAAUAGCUAUUCAUCCAUGACUUGGACUAUCUGCCAGGAAUUACUUAAAUCUCAUUUAGUGGUGUAAAUUUUCUCCCUCCUACACCAACUUCGUUGCAUAAAAUCUCCAUUACAGAUAAACCUAAUACAAAAUUAAACAUUUUGCAUUUUGCUUAACAUCAUCUGGAAGAAUAUAAUAUAAAGGUUCAUUUACAUACAUUUACCUACCUCCUGGAAAAUUGAUUAUUGCAACUGUUGCAUAUGUUACAAUUUUGCAUCUAAUUUUGUAAAUUUUUAAAAAUAAUUUAUUAACGUAGGCCUAUUUGAAAUGGAAAUAUUUGCACAAAGUCUGCGGGUGCUCUAAAAUAAUUUAUUUCUUCAAUUUAAACAUCCCAAGUUCUGCACUUAGGAUUGCAAUCUGCACUUAACCAAAUCCAUUUUUCCUCCCCUAGGCUUUUCAUUUUGACAGAGAUGAUGUGGCUCUUCCAGGAUUCCAUAAGUUCUUCAAGAAACAGUCAGAUGAGGAAAGGGAACAUGCAGAGAAAUUGAUGAAAUAUCAGAACAUGAGAGGUGGUAGAGUCCUUCUACAGGAUGUAAAGGUUGGCAAAAAUUUGAGACUUUAACAAAAAUGGAUGCCUUAGAAAUACAACUAUCAAUUAGAAAAUUUAAAUUACUUUAAUCAUGACCAUACACCAAAAAUUAUCACAUUGCCAAAAGGAAACCAAUGAGAUAGAAAUAAUAAAGUAUUAAAUAUUUCAUGUUACCCGGUAUGUUAUUCUUAAGGAAUGUCAUCGGCCACCUGAGCGUAAGCUGUUAAGGACCCACCGGAAAUCCCUGUUCGUGAACCCUUCCCUCCCCCAAAGACAUUUUCACUGUAGUGUUGAACCACCUGUCCACCCCUGUAAUGUUAUUAUGAGAAAGUUUUAGUAUAUGCAUAUCAAUAAUAAUUCUAUUGUGGAUCUUUGUCUACCCUGCUCUCAUUGUGCACCGUGCAACACUCUUAUUGCCUGGUCGUCUCCUCCCCCCCCCCCCGCCAUGAGCUUGAUCAUUUACACACCAAAUGUUGUGCACCGUGCAACACUCUUAUUGCCUGGUCGUCUCCUCCCCCCCCCCCCCGCCAUGAGCUUGAUCAUUUACACACCAAAUGUACACUAAAGAAAAAAUUAAUUGCCUCAGCACUGUCAGUACACAUAAAUACCAUUCUAUAAUGGCACUACUAACCCUCAAUGCCCAAUGAAAACAGAAUCUGUACCCAUCACCACCCACUUCAUGAGUCAAAGUACAACUAAGCAUAGGUGGAUGUUUGGAGCACCAUCUGGAAUUAUUAUUGAUUAUGCACCUCUUCCCGUAUUUUUUUACAUAGGAUGUGGUUGUGUUGCCCCAUCUUGUAAAAAAAAAUAAAAAAAUCGCAGAUGUUAGUGCACCAUUUAAAAUCAUACACAGUACAAAUUUCAUGAUUAAUAAAUCUAAGUCUGGUGUCAGAUAAAGGGGGGGGGGGUCACUUUACAAGGACUGCAGUUAUUUUUUAAGUCUUCAACUUGAUUAAAACAUAGUAGCAUUAAAUCUCUACAUUGUUAUUGUUGGAUAUUUUGUGUCUAUUUCCUGAAUGUUGGUGUUUGUUGCUGGGCCUGUUGUCUUCAGUGGACCCCGGGGUAUAAACAUUACCCCAUGUGGCUUAAACGGACAAUUUUUUCAAUGUUCUCUUACUAAUUGACUACUUUAAAAAUGUUCCUAACAGAAACCAGAAUUAGAUGAGUGGGGAAAUGGCCUGGAGGCAAUGAGCUCUGCUCUGAAGCUAGAGAAAAGUGUCAACCAAUCACUGCUGGAUCUCCACAAAGUAGCUGAAGGCAAAAAUGAUGUGCAGGUAAGAGCAACUGUUACUGCUGUAAAUCCACAUCACAUUAGACAGGGAUAUGGUUAAUUCUUUGUACUAGGUUUCAAUUUUUAAAGCAUAUUUAAAUUUGUGUAUCUAAUCUGCUACAUCAAAAUCAUGCAUGUGAUUACUUUCAGCUUAAGCAUAAGUACCAAAAUAUUAGUAUUUCCAAGUGUUGCAUAACAAAAUUAUAACUCAUGGGAUCCUUCCAACCAUGAUAUAACUCAUGGGAUCCUUCCAACCAUGAUAUAACUCAUGGGAUCCUUCCAACCAUGAUAUAACUCAUGGGAACCUUCCAACCAUGAUAUAACCUAUGGGAACUUUCCAACCAUGAUAAUAUAACUGGGAUCCUUCCAACCAUGAUAUAACUCAUGGGAUCUUUCCAACCAUGAUAUAACUCAUGGGAUCCUUCCAAUCAUGAUAUAACUCAUGGGAUCCUUCCGAUCAUGAUAUAACUCAUAGGAUCCUUCCAAUCAUGAUAUAACUCAUGGAUCCUUCCAACCAUGAUAUAACCCAUGGGAUCUUUCCAACUAUGAUAUAACCCAUGGAAUCUUUCCAGCCAUGAUAUAACCCAUGGGAUCUUUCCAACCAUGAUAUAACCCAUGGGAUCUUUCCAACCAUGGUAUAACUCAUGGGAACCCUCCAACCAUGAUAUAACCUAAGGGAUCUUUCCAACCAUGAUAUAACUCAUGGGAUCCUUCUAACCAUCAUAUAACCUAUGGGAUCCUUUCAACCAUGAUAUAACUCAUGGGAUCCUUCCAACCAUGAUAUAACUCAUGGGAUCCUUCCAACCAUGAUAUAACUCAUGGGAUCCUUCCGACCAUAAUAUAACUCAUGGGAUCUUUCCAACCAUGAUAUAACCCAUGGGAUCUUUCCAACCAUGAUAUAACCCAUGGGAUCUUUCCAAACAUGAUAUAACCCAUGGGAUCUUUCCAACCAUGAUAUAACUCAUGGGAUCUUUCCAACCAUGAUAUAACUCAUGGGAUCUUUCCAACCAUGAUAUAACUCAUGGGAUCUUUCCAACCAUGAUAUAACCCAUGGGAUCUUUCCAACCAUGAUAUAACCCAUGGGAUCUUUCCAACCAUGAUAUAACCUAAGGGAUCUUUCCAACCAUGAUAUAACUCAUGGUAUCCUUCCAAUAUCCUUCCAACCAUCAUAUAACCUAUCGGAACUUUCCAACCAUGAUAUAACUCAUGGGAUCUUUCCAACCAUGAUAUAACCCAAGAGAACAAAAAUCAGUUGUUUAAAAAAAAACAUUUUUCAACUUCUAUGACCCAUUUAUCUGUAAUUAUUUGUAGAAUAAAUGAAUUUUUUUUCUUUUCAGCUUGGUGACUUCUUGGAAGGAGAGUUCCUGAAAGAGCAAAGCGAAUCUAUCAAACAGAUAGCCGACUAUGUGAGACAACUGACUCGGGCUGGUCCUGGUCUCGGAGAGUUUCUAUUCGACAAGGAGACACUACAGGAAUCAUCAUAGUAGUACUUUCCAUUCCAGGGCAGUCACGACCACUAAAGAGAUAUGUCCUUCGAAGAUUAGCGUGUCAUGGAUUAAAAUGUUUUUUAAUCAAGAAUUGUAAAGAGUCGAGCAGAUUAGCAUGUCAUGGAUUAAAUGUUAUAUGUAAAUCAAGAUUCGGUAAGAUUUGAUGUUAUGCUACUUCAUGAAAGCAAAGAUUAGUGUGAAAAAUUUACUGUGUGACAAUAGAUGGCUGUUUCUGAAAGGUAAAAGUAAGGCAUUUUUAUGACUUCAUCAGCAUGUGUAUUGUGCAUGGCAGAACACAUUAGCUUUGUCAUGAGACUUACAAGUGUUGUUAAUUUAAGGCACAAUGUUUACCUAUGAUAUUACCUAGACUUAGAUGGGCAAUAAACUGUCACUACUUAG